AGCUUGGUGUGGGGAGAGAGCGGGGCUGCCUGUGAUUACCCGGUCGGGGAAACAAGGCGGGAAUUAAUAAGCUUUUUUCCGGGAGUGAAGGAUAACUCGUUCAACGCUUAAGGCUACGGUCCCGUGCACGUUUAGGCAGAACAGUCCUACAAUUCCCAGCAUUCCCGUGGCUGGCUGACGAAUGCUGGGAGUUGUAGGAUUUUUAUUGAGUCCGUACGUGCAUAAGAUUACGGCCUGAGAAAAUUAAUGAUCACAAGUCUCUCAUAGCCAUGUAAACCACCAAAUCUGUGCGUGGCCUCUUAGAAGUAAAUCUUGCUGAAUCAGCCUGUCUGUCUGUCUGUCUUAUGCCGUCACAGCCCGACAAAUUGCUGAGUCAACAACAAGAGCUGGGCAGAACAUUGAUCUCCAGAUGUUGAGGACUUCAUGUCUCAGCAUUCCUGGUCUUUGGCUAUGCUGGUGGGAGCUUCCAGGAAUUGGUGCCAUCUGGAGAUCUACUUUCUGCCCAUCCCUGCUGUACAGGAUUGUAGUGCCCAUCCCUCCUUAUGGUUCCAUUGCAAUGUUUACAAACAAAAUUGAAAGUGAAACUGGCUGUAUGUCAGUAAACAGUAGGAAUGAUGAAGCUGUAAUAACUGAUGAUUCAGAAAUGGAGGUUAUAAACGAUCAGCUUGAAACAGAAGGAUGUGCUCCAGUGAAACAAAAUGUUCAAGUGAACUGUGAUUAUCAAGAUGUAACUCAGCUUUCCUAUGGUAAUGAUGAUUUAUUGAACAGGGAAGAACCAGAUGAGUCACAGAUGAACCUUCUAACACAUAGGCAAAGACUCAACAGCAGCCCAGAACAAAUGGAAUUGGUUUAUUUUCAUAAUAGACAUCAGCAUUCACCCUCUCUAGUAGGGAUGAGAGCCAGAGAAUCUGAAUAUGAAGAUGGAAGUGUGAUUUAUGAGUAUGACCCUGAUGAAUGCGGAAGUGUUUUAUCUGAAGGUUCAUACAUGGGAAAUCAUCAGAAAACACUGAUGGAUGUUCUUAAUUAUUGUCAGGCCAUGUAUGAUGCCAUUCAGAAACUGGAUAAAAAGUUUGAUAGUCUUCAUCGUAAGGUCUCGGAUAUGCAACGCACCCAAAUAAAGCCUUUCCUUUUAAAACCUAGGCCGGUUGGAUUUACCUACAGAAGCUCUAGUAAUCUCUCAACUGGGAAAAUCAGAGUCCAGAAACCAACAGAAAGAAGGCUAAGUCACAUCCUGCCUACUGGGUUUGGGUGCCACAGGCAACCCACAAAGGUUAGGCUGCAAAGGGCCCACAUGUUGACCAGCUCUCCACAAACUCUUCAGCCUGAGUCACACGCUCCUGUGCACAGGCAGAGUCCACCCCUCCCUACAAUAGUUUCUACCCAUUCCUUGUGUCCCUCAUUCAGCAUGGAUAGUGAGAUGCCUGGUCUUCCUUCCAAGACUAACCUAGCAACUUUGGUCACUGAAAGCCCUGCUGCUGUGGCUUCUUGGUCAAUGGCCUCCCCACCAGUUUCAUCAGCAGUCUCUGCACCACCAGCAGUUAGAAACAGUACAGUAGCAACCACCAAAACUUCACCCGGAAGCACAGAUAUUCACAAUGAACCCCCACCAUCGUCUUCUGCUUCCAAGAGCCCAGUAACAGCCUCCAGCUGCUCAUUGUAUCCACCAGUCAGCACAGCUAGAAAGAUGCCCGAUCUUGUUUCCCAAGCUAGUCUUGCACCUGAAGUCAUGGAUAUUCCUACUCAUGUGGUACCUUCAGCUGUGCCUUCCCAAAACGUAUUGCUAGUCAUGCCACCUGAAACCAGUUCACAGAGAAACAACAUACAAGCUUCAUCUGGAAGUGCAAGCACUAGCAAUGAGAUUCCCUCUUCCAUGAAUCCUAAUUUUGAAUUUAUUGGUGAUCCAAAGAGGAAUGUGAAGAUCCUUGGAAACUAUUUGAUGAAAGCUCUACAAAAGUCCGAACCCAAAUAUGCUGCUCGCUACUUAGUUCGUGCCUUAUUCCCAAAAGAGAUACUGCUGUGCAGUGUUAUGGGUGUGAAAGCACGAGGGCGCAGGAUGCUGGACCCUAACAAGAUAGCUGCUAUAAGAGAAUUUCUUGCAACUUACUUCUCCAACUAUGAUCUGAGUGAGCGUGGAAGAGACUGGAAAGCCUGUAUCACAAAUGUGAAUGCAAUGAUCCGCGGUUUACGGUGUGAAUCCAAAACAAAACCAGAGAUGACUGAAGCAAAAGAGAAGCUUUCUGACACUCUAAACACAUCUGACUUUGCAACUGUAACUUGUAAUGGAAAGGAAAGUGAGGUCCCUUCUCAAACCAGCUCAACAUCAAGCCAACUUCAGAAUUCAGCAAGGAAUGAUAACACGUCAGAGAUGCUCCAUACACCAUCUUCCAGUAAACUACCAGCAUUGGAGGCAAUGGCCAGUCUUGGGAAUCCGUCUCGUAAUGUCCAACUGCCCUUUUCAGUGAUUGAUGUGGCCAAAGGAAGACCUCGGCCAGAACUUUCAGCACGCUAUCUGAUUCGUCACCUUUUCACAGAGGAUGUCCUGGUAAAAAGCAAUGUAUAUGGCAAUGUGGAACGUGGCACUUACCCACUGGACUGCAACAAAAUCAAUGCUCUCAGGGACUUUUUGCAAGAAAACUACCCAUCUUUUGACCUGAAGGAAACUGGAUAUGACUGGAAAGCAUGUGUCGCAGCUGUAAACAGUACAAUUCGCAGCCUGAGAUAUGACCAUAAAAGGGCCUUAGCUGGUGACCAGAACAACAUACUGGCUGAGCCACGGCCACUGUCAAAAAGCACUCAGUGAAGCUCUUGUGAAGUAUAACUAUGUAGAAGUAUCAGACUAGUCUGUUGAGCCCACUGGAUGAUGUGCCUAGCUACCUGUGAUUCAACUACAGUAGAGCUUUUCAAGAAAUGAUGCAAUUCUUCAUUUUCAAGAUUACUGACUUAACUGUUUGAAAGACCAAAUUUAGCAGAUGAAAGUAAAUUUUAAAUUGUAA